CACUUUUGGGUAGUAGAAGUCAACUUGCCGCAAAGUUUCUAAUACAUUAAUAAAUAUGAACGAAAGUAUGAAGUUAUUUGAAGAAAUAGUAGGAAGCCAGUUUCAUAAUUUAUUUGUGGAUUCAUUAGAAGAGUAUUCUGACAUUGACUUUAAGGUUGCUUUGGAAAAAGUCUUAUGUGCCUCUAUGCGAAAUUCUGGAAAUUAUUCAUUAGUGCUUCGGUUGCUAAAUGGGAUCAGCAAUGAACGGACGAAUAAAAAAACUUGCCUUUGGACUUCAAUACUUUUAAAGCUAUAUGUGUCAUGCAAAGAGAGUCGGGAUGCCACCCAAAUGCUUGCAAUUCUUGGCGUACUUGCUAAGUCGGCCUACACCUCAGAGGAAUCUCGGAAAAUUUUUGGUUACAAUUACGUCAAGAAUAUUCUUGAAAUAAUAAGUAAAAAUUUUUGCUCCCCUGCAAAUAAUUUGGCGGUUCUUCGUCUUAUGGUUAUUCUGUUACAAUUUUACCCUGAAUGCAGUGUUCAAACUAGUGGCAUAGUUAAAGAUUUUGUGUCUCAAUUUAUGGAUUCCCCCAAUCAUAAUGUAAUGGAAAGUGCUGCUAAAUGUUAUCAUCAUCUGCUUUCUAUAUCGAAAUAUGGUUCGAAUAGAAUAGCAGUGAAGGAUCUUUGGAAGACGUAUCAAGAAGCACUCUUAGAUAUGUUGCAAACGUUGGCGGACUCAUUUUUAGGAGUAUUAAAUUCUCCAGUGAUUGAACCUAUUAAUUGCGAUCCUUUGAAUAUUCCCAUGUUGAAACUUUGUGAUGAUCCAAUAAAAAGAAUUUCACAAGUUUUCAUACGCUUYAAAAAUGUGGCGGUAUAUUUUAUUGUGACAUUACGGGAACCAUUUUUAAGUGAAAAACCUGUCAACACAAACAAAAUCUUUGGAAUUAUAAAAGGUGCCUUGAACGUUGUUCAUUUAUUCACAUACAGAAAAAAAACAAUUAUUGGUAUGAUGCGUAAUCUACUCCUACCUGAAUUUUAUUUCAUUCUGUUACAAAUUUUGAAGGCUUUAAUGAUAACAUUAAAAAGCAAUUUAAGAAAGAAUUAUAAACAAAUAUGGAUGAUUUUGGGAGAUAUGCUUAAACUUAGUACACAUAAAAUCGUAAUUGAACAAAAAAAAACUUAUAUGCGUUUAAAUGGGAAAAUAUUCGAUGUCAUUACUUUAUGGUGUAAAAUUGUUAAUCAAGGUAGUCGAAGUGAUUUAUUGAUUAACUUAAUGCUGAAGGAUAUGCAAGAUAUAUCCUCUACUUUAUCGAAGAUAUUAAACAGUAAAAUCUGUUCUUCAGAAACUGAUUUGGAGACCAUUGUUCAAGAACUUAUUUGUUCCAAACAAAAAUGCAUAUUCCAAGUUCUAAAUUCAUCUCCAAAUAAUGCAAAAUAUGAUAUCAAUAAGACAAUUGUGGCAAAUGUUUUAACUGCUUUUAGUGGGAUGUAUGAUCUAUCACUGAAUAAAUAUAAUUAUAAAUGUCGGACUGAUUUUGUUUCAACUCUAUUCUCGAUGUUUACAGCAAAUAUUUAUUUAGAUCGAUCAACAGCUGAAAUUUUUGUCAACAUAUUACGACAUAUACCUUUAACAGACCAAAGGAUUGAAGAUACUAAAUAUGCCUUAAUGAUGCUACAUUUGGAAAGCCGCAUACACCCUCAAAAGAAUAAUUCUUCGAUUGAGAUUGAUCUAGGAAUUGGUUUUCCAAUGCUAGAAGAUGUCUCAAUAAAAUCAAAUUAUGUUAAUAAGAUGAGUGUAAAAUCUACAGGAGAUAUAACGAAAACAG